AGAAGACAAAGCAAGAGAGUGCUGCAAACAAUAUGUCACAACACUGUAUCAAAUACAGUAAUAACAGUAAGGCCGGACAGAAAUGGCAAGGUGGCUUGUUUGACGGACUAUUUGAAAGCCAGGGAGCUCAGCACGUGCAGGGCAAGUGUGAAUGCAUGUCCAAAGUGCGACGGGUCGACAGGUGGUGGUGCAGCCGGUGCGGCACGUACACAGACUGCUGAUGGAGAAAUCACACCAAUGCAGAACAGCCUACAAGAGGUCAGAGGUUUCAGUCUGCGCUGCUGACAGAUAUACAUCAAGGCUCAAAAAGGUAGCGAUCGAGCAAGUAAAAAGAGGUUAGGAGAUGAGAAAGUGCACAAUCUGCAGCGGAGUAGGAAAGAUGAGACAACUGUAGAGACCGUUAGUAGACAAAAAUAAGCUGGCGCAGGUAUACUAAAUAACCCCGAAGAGAAGUAGGACGAAAAAAGAAAGCACAGCUGAACAGUUGACAUCAAAAUCACUGAAAAAAAUCACUAGAAAUGACAGAAAGAAGACGAAGAACGAGAUAAAAGACAGAGAGCAGGUUCGGAGAAGGGACAUUACUCUCCCUGACGACGACGACGAUGAUGAUGUAGGAUAUUGGCUCGAGUUAUAAAAGUUUAUUAAUGUGUGUGUGUUCACGCGUGUUUGUUUUCUUGGUCAUGUAUAAAUUCGUUAUUCAUGUAUAUCUUUCUAUUAGAUAAUUAGCCAGGCACUCCCAUGCAGAGUAAGCCCUCUCUUUUAGUCGUCUUCCAGGGAGAUAAGCAAAUACAAACAUGUAAGAACUCGUGGAUGAGCAUUUGUGACGGCUUCUGCUUCUUCACGGGUUCACAUCCCCGUCCCCGGACAGUAAGUAUUGCGCAUGUCAUCUCCAGCCCCGUAAAGGCCACCGCACACGAGCGUCACAGCUGCAGUAUCACGAUGCUACAGUUAGCCGCCAUUAGCAUUCAAAGUCACGUGUGCUCUUUGCCCUGGCUGCGGGGCCUCGACCCACAGUUAGCUUCAGCGUCUCAGCAGCAUGACUUGACGCACGUGUGCGAGGAUCGACAUCCAGCAGCAAACCGCACACGUGACGUUGAAUGCUAACAGCAGAUGAUUGUAGCAUCAUGAUGCUGUUGCUCUGGCUCUCGAAUGUGACUAAGCACUGACUGCUACACCACAAUCCGCCAGACCUAUAAUGACAACGUGUGAACAGCUCGCAAAGCAGACGACAGUCGUCGACGACGACAGCGAUGUCAUAGUGCCACGAGAGGAAGUUCACGCGUUCUGCAUGAGAUGCUUGGAGAAGGUGGGCGCCGUCACAGAACACGCCGAGGCAAUGGCCGAGCUCAUCGUGGCGGCUGACUACCGGGGCCAUUACAGCCAUGGACUCAACAGGCUGGGUUUUUAUAUGGAAGACCUCCGCAGUGGACAAGUCAUCUCUAAACCUGAAGUGCACCCAACUAUUGUGAAGGAAACAGUGGCUACUGCUUUGGUAGACGGCAACAACCUCAUGGGUCCCGUGGUGGGCACCUUCGCCAUGGAUCUCGCCAUACGCAAGGCCAAGCAUGCCGGCAUUGGGUGGGUCAGUGUCAAAGGAUCGAACCACUUCGGUAUUGCUGGUUGGUACAGCAUGAGGGCCGUGGAACAAGAGCUCAUAGGAAUGGCUUUCACAAAUACAUCGCCAUGCCUGGUUCCAACCCGCGCCAGACAGAAAGCACUUGGGACAAAUCCAAUCUCGGUUGCGGCCCCUGCUAAGGAUGGCGACAGCUUCGUCUUGGACAUGGCGACGACUGUGGCGGCGAUAGGAAAGGUGGAAAUGAAGCACACACUUCAGCAACCACUUCCGGCUGGCUGGUCAUUGGACAGUGACGGCAAACCAACACAGGACACAGACAAAGCUAUGGCUAGCUUGGCAUUAUACCCGUUAGGGGGCACUGAAGAAACAAGUUAUAAUUAACCUGGAAUAGGUCACAAGUUCAAAGUCUGUUUAAGUCAAUGUGUGGAA